AUGCCUCGCGCCUCGCGGCGCGCCGCGUCCUCCUCCGACGCUUCGUCGGAGGAGGACGUCGCGUCCGCGGCGGCCGAGCGUGUUCGUGACGAACACGCUCCAUCGCUCAAGUACGUUCCCGGUUCGAGUGGUAAAGCGCAGCGCGCGCGCGCGAAAUUGCUUCGUAACGCGUCGAGACGCAAGCGAGAGCAGCGCGCUGAGCGACGCUCACCGUCGGCGUCGCCGUCGGAAUCGUCGCCGACGCCGCGCGACGCUCGCACCGCGACGAAUGUCGUCGAACUGCGCGCGCUGCUCGAGCGAAUCAGCCUGACGGAGCUCGAGCGCGAGACGUUCGUCGCGCGCCGCGGCGAGGACGGCGACGUCAAAGUCUGCGAAGCGAGCGCGUUCGUCGAGUCAGUGCGACGGAAUGAGGCGCGACUGCGGGACGUCGAGCGAGUGGAGAUGCUCGGAAACGACGACGAUGAUGAUGGUUAUGUAAUUUGGCCCAGGAAUGAUGGGACGGCGCGACAGAUGCGGUACGAAGACGCGACGGCGGCUCGAUGCGCGUUGGACCACGCGCCGAGCGAAGUCUGGGAGCGGAUUUUCGGCUUUCUUAAUCUGCGAGAUGCGGUGCGAUUGGCGGCCACGUGUAAAUCGACGUGGAUAUUGUCCCAGCGAGAAUUCAUGCGGGACAAGCGGUAUGAGUCGAUGUUUGGUCGCGCGCGGGCGUCGGCGGAGGAGGGUGCCGACGGCGACCGCGCGAUGGUGGUUUCAUUUCUCUCCAGCGAGCGGUGGCUCGGGGAAUCCCACGUGGGCGAGACGAAGUUUCCGAAACCCGUCCAUUUUGGCGUCGGUCCGAGUUUUGUGCGCGGAUUGAUCGCGGACGAAACGACGGUGACGUCGUUCGAUCGGGAAAAGGUGAAGAUUUGGUACCACGGCGCUCGCGGCGACGACGACGCGGGCGGGCGUUUGGCGUCGUUAUUCGUCGAGAAGAAGAGUUCGGCAACGCGCGGACUUACCGCAUUAGCUAUCAAUCAGUCGAGCAUCGUCGCGGGGGACGACGGCGGUCGAUUACGGAUAUGGCAGAGCGACACAUUGGAGUACGUGCAGCGCAGAGCGCACGCCAUUGCAAACGAUUACGCCGUAACGGCGCUUUGCGGCAUUCCUGCGACGUCGCUCGUAGUUUGUGCUAGCGCGAAGAGUACAAAUUUAGAAAUUUGGGACACCGAAGAAGUCGCGAGCGUGACUUCAAUCGCGCUUGGGGACCUGGUGCACGAUGGCGAUGGCGGUAACGCGCAUCACGGAGCCACAUGCAUGAGCAUGUUCGGCGGAAACUCCUAUUCAAACCGCUCGUACAUCGGCGGCGCCACGUCUCGUCUCUGGGCUGGAACGACUUUUCAAAAAGUCGUGGGCGUUGACUUGAAUCGCGCGACUUUUGUCGAUACGCUCAAUCUUCCCGAGUCGUAUGCAAGCGAGGCAGAGAUCCGAGCCAUCGCGGUGAAUGGUCCGUUGAUAGCCGCCGUCGUGGCGGAUGGCGCCGUGAUGUGGGAUCGCAGAGCCAUGCCACACGAACAAGUUGUCGCGACGUUUGCGUCGCCGUUUUCGCACAUUGCGGGCGCGUCGGAGCAAUCAAGUUGCAUCGAUUUGGAAGAUUUCGCGCUUUGGAUGUCGAAUCCAGGAGACCCAGGGGUGAGCAUGUUUGACAUUCGAAAAACGUUCGGGCCGCCGCGCAAGCAAGAACGAUGGGUAUCGUCGCUGACGACGAACGCAGUCACAAAUAUCUUGCGUCCUCGCGCACGCACGCGUGGAUUUAGUGAAGAGGUCAACGUCGGAUGUUUUGCGCGCGUUGCCGGCGCUCCUGGUGCAGUGAUCGUUGCACCCGACUCUGACUCCAGCGAGGCGCGAUGUUCGAUAUUUUUGCACAAAAACGAGAUGCCCUCGAUGGUUGACAUCGAGACCAUGGCGAACGAGUUCGACGAUCAGUGGCGUUCGAGACGAGCUCGCAAGCAAGGCAAGCCGCCUCAACCGAAAUCGCGCGGUCGAUAUCCGAAGAGGAGCAGUUAA